CGCUCGGCUCGCUUGCUCGUUGUUACAGAUGCUGUUGGACCUUUUUGGGAAUUCUGCCACAGCUUCCCGCCUUACAUCUCAAAUACGCCUCCGCCGCUCUUGGCACAUAAGAGCGAACGGGCAUUGCUGAAGGCGAGCACUGCACUGCCCUGUGACAUCAGAAGAGGGUCAUAUGUCUCCCGUUCGAAGGUCAAGUAAAGAUUCUAAUUCAGUUUUCAUUCAGUCGUACUCCUAAUGUGCUUCGGCAGCAAAUCGAGAGCAGAGGAUCUCUCGGCCCAACAGGAAGACUCCAACCCCAACUCAAGACCACUUGAAUCAAUUCCAGCUCCGAGCAACUCAAGCAAAAUGCCACAGGAAAAUUACGCUCCGCCACCUGGCCCACCACCAUCGCACACGAACGUCGAUAGCUACAGUCCUCCCGCGGGCCCUCCUCCAAACAGACAGGACGAUUAUGCUCCUCCCCCAGGGCCUCCUCCUUCACAACAACCUCAACACGAUUGGCAGACUGCCGUGCCGGAUACUUCUCUGCUGCCACCUCCACCUUCAUUCUUCUCGGGAAACCAGCGAAGCUCUACAAAUAAUGCGACGGAAAGGGAAGCGGAACAGGGUGAAGAAUGGUGCAAACGAAAUACUAUGACCGCGCCCAUCACCUUCCCUGAAGCAGCUCUCGAAGCACUGGCUGAAGGACAUAUCGGAGUCAUAACACCUCGCAAUUAUCAAGGCACAUUGGAUCGUCCAAGACCUGGAAUUUGGGCUGGAAAGACGAAGUCAAGUUGUCCAGACUCUUGCAUUACCUCUACGAUUCCACUCUAUUCUGUCAUGGCACAUUUUCCUAUGAGAACAGGGAAAAGCAAAAUAAUAUACUACGAGGUCAGGAUCGCGAAGAGAAAUAGAAGAGAAGUCAGUCUUGCGAUGGGAUUUGGUGCUUCUCCUUACCCUACCUUUCGACUUCCUGGUUGGCACCGGGGUUGCUUGGCCGUUCAUGGUGAUGAUGGAAGCAAAUAUAUCAAUGAUCGUUGGGGUGGAAAAGACUUCACACAACCAUUUAAACCUGGAGAAAACGUGGGCAUUGGAAUGUCCUUCACAGCCAGAGACUUGAAUGCUCCACCAUCAUAUGAUGCCGCUCCAUCCGGAGUUCAAACACCGAUCAAUGUCGAGAUAUUCUUCACGAGGAAUGGUAUGAAAGACGGUGGCUGGAACUUACACGAGGAAGGAGACGCGGAGCAAGACCUGCCUGUUAUAGGACUGGAAGGAUACAACGACAUCUAUGCAGCGAUUGGUACCUUUGAGGCCGUGGAGUUCGAGAUCUUGUUCAAUCCUUCUGAUUGGAUGUUCCGUCCCUGACUAGACUGCUUUAAAGUACUCUUUGGGUGAGCGCGUGCGAGGAAAUAUUGCUGCUUGUAUAUUGCAAUGAUUUUAGCUUUCACAUUUUGGAAGGGUCACAUCGGUCGGAUAUCACAAGACUAGCUCUAUGCCUUCAAACAAUUACUUUUCCAAUGUGGGGAUUCCUGCUAUGGAGUACAUCAUCGUAUUCAUUACAUGACGUCUUACCAUCAGGAAAAGU